GCCCCGGCCACUUCCUGCCGGCGCCUGUUGUGGUUCCGGGGCAGCCGCAGCAUGGAGCCGGCAGCGGAGGGCGACGCCGAGAUGCUGGGGGGACCCGACCCGGAGCUGGCGGCCACCAUGGGCUUCUCCGGCUUCGGGAAAAAAGCCCGGACUUUCGACCUCGAAGCCAUGUUUGAGCAGACGAGAAGAACUGCAGUGGAGAGGAGCAGGAAGGUCUUGGAGGCUCGUGAAAGAGAGAAGGAAGAGCAGGCUGAAAAAGAGUUUAGAAGUCAAGCCACUGAUCCUUCAGCUUCAGCAUCCAGUGCAACAGGAGCUGGGUCCACGUCAACCCAAAGAGAGACAGUCUGUAGUGAAAGCGAAGAUAGCUCAGAUGAAGAAUUAACUGGUCCUUCCAUGCAAUCUCAGAGUUCUGCUCAAGGUCCAGCUGAGGAUGCUGGUGAUGAUGAUGAAGAUGAUGAAUUCAUUGGGCCACCACUUCCGCCUGGGUUCAAGGAUAGCGAUGACGAUAAUGACAAUGAUGACACUGAGGAGGAAGAUAACAACCCUGUCAAGAAAAUUCCAGAUUCUCAUGAAAUUACACUCCAACAUGGGACAAAAACAGUUUCUGCUUUGGGGUUGGAUCCUUCAGGUGCCCGUUUGAUAACUGGUGGAUAUGACUAUGAUGUUAAAUUUUGGGAUUUUGCUGGAAUGGAUGCCUCUCUCCAAGCUUUUCGGUCACUCCAGCCUUGUGAAUGUCACCAAAUCAAAUCUUUACAAUAUAGCAGCACAGGAGAUGUCAUUCUUGUUGUCUCUGGUAACUCCCAGGCAAAAGUUCUUGACAGAGAUGGCUUCCCAGUAAUGGAAUGCAUAAAAGGAGACCAAUACAUUGUGGAUAUGACAAACACAAAGGGUCACACAGCAAUGCUCAAUUCAGGCUGUUGGCAUCCCAAAAUAAAGGAAGAAUUUUUGACAUGUUCUAAUGAUGGAACUGUCAGGACAUGGGACGUUAACAAUGAAAAAAAGCACAAAAGCGUAUUUAAACCACGAUCAGUUCAAGGUAAACGGGUGAUUCCUACAACUUGCACGUACAGCAGAGAUGGUAAACUUAUUGCAGCUGGCUGUCAAGAUGGGUCCAUCCAGAUCUGGGAUAGGAAUAUGACUGUACACACCAAGUUCCACUGCAGGCAAGCCCAUGCUCCAGGCACCGACACUUCAUGCUUGACAUUUUCCUAUGAUGGUACCGUCCUUGCCAGCCGCGGAGGAGAUGAUACUUUAAAGAUAUGGGAUAUUAGACAAUUUAAAAAGCCUCUUAAUUCAGCAGAAAGACUGCCCAGCUUCUUUCCAAUGACAGAUUGUUGUUUCAGCCCAGAUGAUAAAAUACUUGUCACAGGCACCUCUGUUAAGAAAGGUGGUGGCAGUGGGAAGCUUAUUUUCUUUUAUCGGGAGACAUUCCAGAAGUUAUAUGAGAUAGAAGUUACAGAUGCGAGCGUUGUGCGUUGCCUUUGGCAUCCCAAGCUGAACCAGAUCAUGGUUGGUACAGGAAAUGGUUUGGCCAAAGUGUACUAUGAUCCUGUCAAAAGCCAGAGGGGAGCAAAAUUAUGUGUGGUCAAAACAAAACGAAAAGAAAGACAAGCGGAAACUCUUACACAGGAUUACAUUAUAACACCCCAUGCACUUCCAAUGUUCCGUGAACCACGACAGCGAAGCACCAGGAAACAGCUGGAGAAGGAUAGGCUGGACCCCAUGAAGUCUCACAAACCUGAACCUCCAGUAGCAGGACCAGGUCGUGGUGGGCGUGUUGGAACUCACGGAGGUACCUUGUCAUCAUAUAUAGUCAAGAAUAUUGCACUGGAUAAGACAGAUGAUAGCAACCCUCGAGAGGCUAUUUUACGUCACGCAAAGGAAGCGGAGGAGAAUCCAUACUGGGUUGCUCCGGCAUAUGCUAAAACGCAGCCAAAAACAGUUUUUGCAGAAGUGGAACCAGAAGAUGAUGAAACAGACAAGCCAGAGUGGAAAAAACGUAAAAUUUGAAAAAAUUUGCUUUAAAGAAUAAUUUCAGAGCAUUUGAAACAAGGUGCAGCAUUUAUUUCUUUAUUUUGGAUAGUGCGUCAAAAUUUGAAAGCAAAAAUUACUUCAUUUCAUAAACUUGCUGCAGUCUAAAAAGGGGAUUGUUGUAUUACACUGGAUUGUAAUCCCACAUCUGAAUCUUGUAAUAAGGAAUGAAUUAUAUUGUGCUAAGAACUGCUCUCUAGGUCAGUUAUUUAGCUUUGUGAUUUGAAUGAAAAAUACUUCUUUAUAAAUAGAACUCUAGUGAAUUCAUUAUAUUGCCAAAUGUUUUUUUAAUUACUGCCAACUUUACAAAUGCUGUGUCGUGACAGUGUUCAGUGAUUUGAAGUAUAUAAAUAAAAAAAUAGUUUCUCAGACUCUUUUUAUUUUUUUUCUAGUUAGGAUUUAACAAAUUACCCCCUUUGCUACAAGUGUAACAAAGCUCACACUUUAAUUAAUGUGGUAUAAUACAGUUGAGUUCAUUUGUGUGUUCACACAAGUUCCAAUUUAGUUCAUACUUUUGUGUGAAUUGUAGAAAACAUUGUCUAGUGAGUAUCCUUACUUGAAUGUUGUUCCUUUUAAAUAUGUGUAGUACCUCACAGUAGUAUUUUAUACAGCUUUUAUUUUUCAACUAUGUGAAAUUGGAACAGGCAAUUAUAUAUUCUGGUCUAAUAAAAAUAACAUGCUUACUGCCUA